AUGGAUCCGAUUGAUUUCAGUACACAUGAUAAAUUUAUAGAUUUUCCUCCCCUUUACACGGAACAGGUCAACAACGUUACCCUCUCCAAACAACUUGAUAUUUGGCACAAAAUAAUCAACGACGUUGUUACAAACGACUUUAAACUGCACACCCUGGGAACACAUAGCGUCGAUGCUCCUCCGUUUACGAAUUUGCUCAUACACAGGAAUCUCAACGCGGCCUUCCUGGCCUUGAUUCUAGAGUAUCUGGUCGAGAAGAAGUACGCCUUCUACCUACACCCUAUUCACUUAUACUGUAAAAAUAACAAUGUGACCAUUUGGGGGGCCCUCUUUUCUAAUAAGAGUUCGGGAUCGAAUUUGCUUCAGUUGCACGAGGAGUACGGGAGGACCCUGGACAACGGACCCAGGAAGAGCCCUAGGAACCAGGACGAAGUGGACGUGUUGAAGAAGAGGCGAGACGUUCUGAUGAAAUCUAACUACAAAUUUGGCCUGUUCCCUUACCCUCUGGCCGACAUGGUUGAAGCAGUCCUGGCCUGCAUCAAGUCGCAGUGCUCCAACAGAGAAAUAGAGACGGUGUACUAUAUAUUCUACAACAAGAGAGAGUGCAACAAGGACUUUGAAGGCUUCCCGGAGGACCACCUCGCCUUUCUCCUAUCGUACCUCUGCUCCUGUAACAAGAUUGCACUCUCGUUCAACGAGAGCAUCCCUCCCAGCUCCCUAAACAACAAGAACGUAGGAAUACAACUUGUAUGA